UAGAUCGAGAGUUCGGCUCUCGUGCCUGCGCGGUCGGACGCGUAGUUUUGCGCAAAAUAAUGUUCAGACUUUGGACCAGAAGCUCAACGCGGAGUUCAGCGACCGAUUUAAGCAAACGUACAUCUUAUUUUUAUCAGCAAAGAGAAUGUAGCGGACGCUCGAGUAACUCGUGUAAAUUAAUUUCGUAGUUCCAUAUAGACAGAGACCGUACUUUGCCAAGUACGAACUAGCUAACUGGCUAAUUCCCUGCGCAUCACUGUGAGCUUAGCCACGGAGGCUAGCAGUGCGCGCCCACGUCUUGCGAGAGUUUUUGGUUGUAAUAAACGCUUAACAACGAAGCAACUGGUUGAACCAAACAUAAUGGUAUGGGUCAAAGGGAUAUCAAAGCGUUCGAGGCGUCCAUGAAAAGAAAAAACGGCAUUCCUACUGUAUCUAUGUGUCGACUGGAUGUGGAGUCCCCUGUUGUGAAGAAGGAAGUUGAGCCCGGCGGAGAUGGUGGUGUCCUUUCCUCGUCAAGGUACAUGUUGGGCAGGGGGGUGAAACGUAAGCUGAGCACAUGCGAGGACCCUUCCCAGGACUUGCCAUAUCCACAGCAGAGGCAGCUGGUGCUGGACUUGUGUCUGGACAAGCUACAAAGCUGUCUGCAGCGAGCUGAACCCAGCCUACACCGCUCGGUCCUGCUGGCCAACACCCUCCGCCAGAUUCAGCAGGAGAUGAGACAGGAGGGGGAAACCUGCUUGCCACCAGCGUUGCUCGGCCCCUCACUCCCUCAUGCCUCGACCCCACGGCACUUCCCUGACCUGCCUCCCGUGCCCUUAGACUGUCCUCAACCCCCAACUGGAGCACGGUCCCCUUCAUUUCCCCUUAGGACGGCUGAUGAUGAGGAGGUCCAGUUGGGCGGUGCUGAAAAUGAGACUCUUUUGCCAUCCUUCGCUGGUGAAGACGACACAAGGUCGUUGGAUUCACUCUUUGGCUCAUUUGAGAUUACAAAUUCCACCAGCUACUUGACAGACUUGGCACUAGAUGACAUAUUUGAGGACAUCGACACGUCAAUGUACGACUCCUCUGACAUCUCUGUUCUGCCGUGUCCUGCGCAGAGAAGCGGUGGGGUGGAUGAAGGCCUUAAGAGCCUUUCCAGCUGCACCUCCAACAGCAGCCUGCAGCUUUGUCUCUCAGACCUCAACGACCUGGACCACAUCAUGGAGAUCCUGGUGCGCUCUUGAACCACAGCUCGCACCACAGUGUCCUCAUUCAGCCAUCCCGAUGUUUUCUAUGGAAAAUGAAUAUAAAGCGUUUAAUUUUUUUUUAAACAAGCAAAUAUUUUAUCUAUUUUUAUACAAAGGACUGCUAUAUUUAUAUAUAAUAAAAGGAAACUGCCUUACACACACUCACUGUAGGAUAAAUGCACAUUUUUAAGACUUAUCUGAUGGCCAAGCUUAUGCUGCCGUCCUUCAUAUAUUUAAGCAAACUAAGAUAUGAAUAUGCAGGGACUUUGGAAACAAAUACAAAGUAUUACCAUUGACACUUAUUUAUAUUGGAUAGCUACUUUAGGAGGAGGAGAUGGAAGAAAAGUGGAUCAUAAUGGAUGCUCUGUAGCUGUUGAUGAGCUGAACACUUUUUUUUUUUUUGUGCGCGAUUUCCACGCUAUUCUGAAACAUUACAUUUACUGUCAGUAAUUACAAUUGUCAGAUCAUGUCAUGCACAUGCAGCGCUCACACUACCUCUCAAGAUACCAAGAGCUCUUUCUCUAUACAAAGACUGUCAUUGUUACAACUAUAUUUGAAUGGUUUCUCUUCAAAUAACUUAAAAAAACUGCUGAUUGUUUUAUAAAUGGCUCUGCGUUCACAGGAAAGCCACCUCAAAUGGUGGGAUUCAGUCCAAAGCUAAAGCUGUAGAAGAAAUGCUUUUGCUCAUCUUUCUAUUCAACUUUUUUCCGAAACGUUUCUGACUUUUGGUUUCAGAACGAGCUGUUGCUUGUGUAAAAAGUGAGAUAUAUUUUCGAAUCACUCGGAAUUUAAUGCUAUUUCUACUUUUCACGUACAUGAUUGUCAGACACAGCCACCGUCGAAUCCCUCGUAUGAACAUAGUGCCUAUAAUGGAGAAUGAAGACUGCCGACGAUGAACUGCACACUGUGGAACCGCACAUAGACUUGCCUGAGAUUCUUGCUCUACCCCUAUGAACUUCCCUACAUGGGUUGUUUGCCGCUUUUUUGAGCAUUUAGCAGGACCCUCUGUCCUCUAAGAAGCCAUUACCUGAAUGUGGCUCCACAGCUCCAUUCUGUCCUUCAUUGUGAUCUACACUGCAAAAAGCUGAUCGUGGAUGCAUCUUGUGCUGUUCUGAAUGUCCAAGCUUACUCACAAGAAAAAAUUCAUCCGAACUGAUGUCUCACCUGCUUACUUUAUUCCUCUCAUCACAAGUUUUAGGCCCGUUUGAGCCAUCUCAUGCACAACUUUUUGAAGUUAUUACUGCUACAACACAAGAUGGUAGACCAGAGCAAGGGCCCUUCAUAUUUGUGCUGCAUUUACAUCCACUGAACUACAAGUUGGUGCAAUCGAAUGCAAAGAGCCACAAGCUGCGGUCUGCAUAAAGACAGGGCAGAGACAAGGGGGAGGGGAAGAACUAGAGAGCCAGAUUAAGGGGGGAGGGGGGAGUUAAAGCAAACAGCUUCUGUCACGUGGAGAGCCGUGCUAGUGGUAAAUGCUACAUUGAGAGUUUGACAACAGCUGGUAUGUGUUCACUCUCAUUGGUGCGCUCAAAACAAGCCCCGCCCCCAGCGAGGCCCACAGGGGCUCCGUUCUCUUCCCGACCAAUCAUUUUGAUUCAAGGGAGGAGCCUUAUUCUUAAUGUGGAAUAGAAUAGCAAGCGGUUCAAUUUGGUUGGAAUGUGUUCCCUUGCCUUAUGGCUCUCUGAUCAUUACUGACUUAGUCUUAAUUUGGAUUAAAUUUUGGCAUUCCAGCAAAAAUACAAUGAGAUAUUCAUAUAAUAAUAAACUAAUUACAGAGCAGACACCCCAUCCUCCCUUCCCCCUCACAAGACACAUGCAUCGCCGCAGAGAAAACCCAACACUCACAAAGUUUACACACAGAUUUUAGAAAACAUACUUGUGUUAGAUGUGACCAGAUUAUGGUCCGCAUCAGCAUGGUCAGAUUAUCAGCAACCUGUUAAUGCUGAGAGCUGUGGAUCCUAAUAAGUGUGUAGCUUUGUAAACUUGAUCAGUUUGUUUCUUUCUCUUUUUAUUUGUGUUGUUUGUAUAUAUAUUUGUAUUUAUACAUUUUGACUGAAGAUCAUGAUAUAAUAUAUUGCUUUUAUUUAAGAGUGAAAUAUCAUCAUUAUCGGUCUUUAGGAGGGUUUUAUUUGUUAUUUGAAGCGUGAUUUGUACUUCACCUCCUCUUCUUAGUAAUAAUUAACAUGUACAUAGAUGAUACAGAAUUAUGAAGAGAUGUUUAUCAUUGAAAUAUUUGUAAAGGUUUCAAUCUGUGCUGACUCUGAACUGAGCAAUGAUGGGAUGUUUUCUACUGUGUGUUCAGUUCCCUUUGGAUCAGGCAGUUUAGGCAGCUUUUAAACUUUUUAUACGAAAGUGGUUAAGAUAAUCGAGGAGAGUUUAGAGUUGUUGGCCUCAUUUAAAUGUAAUUUGUCCUGCUGCUUGAAUUUCAGUCUUUUGAAGGACAUUUGUUUUACAAUAAUCAGCCCCAGGAGCCUCUGGUUUUUAACUAAUGUUCAUUAUGGUUUAGUCUCAGUAUGUAUUGCAGUAAUGCACAGAGCAUCAGUGAAAAGGAGUUCACACUGUGUUGUAAACUUGUGAACGGCCUAGUCAAAUAAUGUAUGGUACGUUUCAUGUACCGGUUGCACAGAGAAUACAAAAAGCAGCAAGAGUUUGUAUUUUCAUGGUCCUUCUCAAAUUUGCUUGGUUGUUAUGCACAAAAUAGCAAGCUUUAAACUUCACCUCAUCUUGUUGAUUUGGCAGUUUAUUUUUUAAGCGAAGUUAAUAAAUAAUUAUAUAAUUAUAUAUCCUAAUGAAAUUGUAAUAUCAGAAAGCUCAAAAUGUCACUUUGUCCUAAGUGCAAUAUGAAAAAAAAAAAUGAAUAUAAAGCGCUGUUUUGCCUACUUGCAAAUGACACAAUGUAGUGAGCCUAUAUAACUUUGAAUGAAUAAAAGGCUAGGUAUUUUUUUUAUUUAUAUAAAACAAUGACUUUAAUCCCUACAAUUUAUUCUUCCCCCAGCAACUAUCUUUUGAUCUGUUGCUAUCUGUUUUGACCACAGAUUUUAUAUGAGGUCUGUAAAUAAUAAAGCAUUUUCUUUUGCAGUCAUAUUCUAUGCAAUAUUGUAGCAGGUCAGUAUGUCAAAUAAAAAAAAAUGGAAAUGGAAA